UUUCAGUAUUUACUUCAAUGUACUUGUCAAACUCAAAACUACAUGAAGUGAUUUUAAUAUCUUAAAAUUGUAUAGUAUUACAAAUAUUUUAGUGCUAUUACCGCAUUUUAUUGAAAGUAUAACAAAAUUCCUGGAGAUGAGUGUUCGGAUUUUGAUUUAAUGGCCAAACUGUCGAAUGGCUGGAUUCAGCUGGUAUCUCUCUGGCUUCCAGGUAAUUAUUGAGAAGUCAAAGACGAAAUGUUCCUUAAAAGAUGUACAAUUGCGUUUCUUGUGCCCUGAUGACUUAGAAGAGGUCCGAUGUCUCUGCAGGGAUUGGUUUCCAAUAGAAUAUCCACAAUCAUGGUAUGAAGACAUAACUUCUUCGGAGAGAUUUUUUGCAUUAGCAGCAGUUUAUAAAACGCAGAUUAUUGGCUUAAUAGUUGCAGAGAUAAAACCUUUUAAAUUAAACGCAGAAGACCGCGGCAUAUUGUCCCGAUGGUUUGCAUCAAAGGAUACUCUCGUUGCAUACAUUCUUUCAUUAGGUGUAGUCCGGGCAUAUCGUCGUUCAGGGGUAGCGACGAUGCUUCUGGAUGUACUCAUCAAUCACCUCUCAGGACCCAUACCACAGCCGCCUCAUGAGUAUCGAGUCAAAGCCAUAUUUCUGCAUGUACUCACUAACAAUGAAGCCAUACUUUUUUAUGAAAAGAGAAGAUUCAAACUGCACUCAUUCCUGCCAUAUUACUACUCGAUAAAGGGUAGAUGUAAAGGGUUCACAUAUGUGUACUAUGUGAACGGCGGCCACGCGCCCUGGGUGUAUGAUUACGUGAAGUACGUGGCGCGGACCGCAUGGAGAGGGGGCGGGCUACCCUGGCUGUGGGGUAAGUUGACCGCCCUCACCAUAGCCUGGCACAGGUUAGUGUACACACGGCCUUAUACAUCAUGCUGCCAGAACUAAUAAUCAUAUGACACCUAUUGUGGACAAUCGUUUAAGUCACAGAUGCCAUAUCUACUGUGUAUUUUACUAUCAGUAGCAUAUAAAAAAAAAAACAACUGUGGUUUGACAAACUUGCAGUACCGUGCAAGUGCUGUGGUUGAAUAUUGUAUUAUGUUUCGGUUAUGGCAUUCUCUGAUAAUACAUAAAUAUUGAGAGUUAUCUAAAAUUCACUGUUUGCAUAUAACAAUACCUGUGAUGGAAUUGAGGAAAUUUUUACGAAAAAAAAGCAAUAGCAGACUAUUAUACACUUAAAAAAUUAAUAACGACCUUAUUUAAAGCAUCUGUGAAAAUAUUUGUAUAAUAAUAUUAGUAAUAAUAUGCUUAAAGUUUAUUCAUUAACAAAAUCGAAUUUAAUAUUUAACAAUUUUACAUGAAUAGUGAUUUUUACAGACGAUAAUGUUUAAGAUAUAGAACCGUUCGCCAUUUUGAACAUUGUUUAACGCUGAAAAGGCUAUUGGAUAAGGCAUAUAAAAUAUUGUUUCAAUUUGGUUAUUAAUUUUGUAUUUUUUUCUUUUAAAUACACGAAUACAAAUUUUAUCCAGUUAAGAGCCGCGUGUGUAAUGGAGCGAGAAAAGUGUUUUCGCGCCAUCGACAUUUUGUAUUUCGAAGACGCCAUUUUGAUGUAGGAAAGUCAUAUCUUUAGCCGUCAAAAUGCUGAGAAUUGGUAUAAGUCGAUAAACAUUUAUCGUUUUUUUUUUUUUUGUAAUCGGCUGAUGAUAAGUGAAAAACAGUUUCAGCCGACAUGGCCUCAUUAUUAUUUAUUAUCGGAACUUAUUGCUGAACAUUUGUAAAAAAGAUUCUGUAUUUCGUAUAUUGUUAUUUAAAAUUUUGAUUUAGUGAUUAUUUACCCAGGAAACCAUAUGACAUUACACCGAUUUUGUACGAAUUAUGUAAAAAUAUGAUAUUCCUGUUUUACAUUUUGUGUUUAAGUUAUUAAGAUUUCUAUAAAAACCACGCUUUGUUAAAUCCAAAACUUUUUAAAUGUACGGCCGAAGGUUUAAAAUUUUCAUCCUCCUUGAAUUUAUUUGACAAUUUUGAUCUCUACAUCUCAUGUCGUUAUUGGCGAUAAUGUAUAGGUAUAAAUUUUUAUUCAAAUCUUAAUUAACCUAUAAAACGAAACAUAUACAACUUUUUUAAGGUUAAUUGGUUAAUUAUUAAUAUACUUUUUUUUUUCCAGAGAAAAUUGCUAAAAUAGGUUUAACGCAACACAAAUGUAAUGUAUUGUCACAAUUUUUUUGUUAAUUUCAAUAAAAAAAUCUCCUAAGACUAUAUCAAAAAUGUUCAUUAGUAUGUAUAAUAUAUAAUCUGUGGAGGGUUCAUUGGUUUCAACGGCCAUAUAGUGCCAUGUUUAAUGUCGAGACAUUCGGAGUAAGGUGCCUGUGUGUUCACUUAACUAUAGGAACAAUCUUGUUGUAGUCGUUAAGGUAAUUGUAAUUAUUAAAUUCCUGUGCUUCUACCAUUUAGUUAAUUCUUAAUUUAAAAAAAAGAAACCAAAGUAAUUUAUUGUUUAUGUACUGAAAUUUAAGUAUUAAUUUUUUUUUUUUUUAGUUAAAAAUAAAUUAUUUUGUAAAUCACUAAUAAUUAAAUUAUUAUCUGGUUUUAUGUGAUAUUUGUUCCCGAUAACAGAUAAUGUUAAAAUACUUUCGACAGCAAAAAUAUAAUUGAUUUAACUAGCAAGUACGUAUUGUUGAUGGUAAUUUUAUUAUAUUUAUUGAAUUAUAAUUUAAAACUAUUUUUUUCCUUUAAAAAUAAAUAUCAUUGUUGACCACUA